AUGUGGCGAGGACCGUUGCUGCUGCUACUUCUCGUCUAUUGCGGUUCGCUGAAGGCUCGAGGCAGCCACGGCGACGUCGUCAGCGACGAGUCGGCGCGUCGCGACGCUCGUCACCCGGCACCGUUCGCCACGGAAGUGGAGGAUCUGCUUGGCGAGGGGAACACGCCUGAAAAAAAGGAGUCGUCUAAAAAAUCUGGGAAGAAUUCAGCUGGCAAAUCAGACGAGGGAGGAUACUACAAGACGUACGGCAGCGACGCCGAGGGCGAGAAGGGUUACUUGAAGGCAACCUACAGCAAGGGUAAUCACGGCUAUAAGACCCUCGACACCUUCCACAAGCAGGAUGGCGACAAGUACGCAUUCGAGAAGCGCGUUGCCUACGGCAAAGCGCGUGCUGACAAGAAAAGUAGCCACAACGACGAGGCAGCCUCUCGUUUCAGGAAAGCCGACGAUCAUGAGGGCGCAGGUACCAUGGUCGAUACUCGUUACGCAACCGAUGAAGGUGAUAAUCAGAAUAACGGCGGCGAACACGUCGAAGCCACCGAUCACGAGAGCUAUACCCACGAAGAUAGCGGUCACUAUACGGAUCAUGGACCAGAAUCUUCGAGUUACGGGCACGGCGAAAGCUAUGCGGAUGGAGACGGCGAGCACGGUUCUUACGAAAGCCACAGCUCCUACUCUACAAGCUCUGGUGGUGAACACGGUGACGAAGGAGGCCAUUAUUAUUAA